GGCCUUGGCAUUGGCAUCGAUUUUUUGUACUGUAGAGAAAAGAGAGAAAAGAAAAAUCUAGCCACCUAUUCAGGACUGCCUUAGAGUAAAAAGAUAUUUUCCCACAGAUUGGAAAAAAAAAUAUUUGACUGGACCAGCUGGCCUGUCAAAUUAGUGUCGCCAACCGGAGAAAGGAAAAUUGAGCAAUGCGCUUUCAGACCGACCAGCCAUGAAGGGCUUGUCAUUUUCUCUACUUGCGCCUGUGGCGGUGGCUGGAUUCUUCACGCCAAUUGCCGCCGCCGAGCCCGAAACCACCGCCACCUGUCCGCGCGCCGGUGGCCUCUACAGCUUGCCGCUGCCAACAUGUCCUCGCGCUAUUGCGGGCUACCCCGCGAGGCGAAAAACACCUAAUCCUUCUGAUGAUGCCGCUCCUGCACAGCCCGAUCCCGCAGCGGCGGCGGCAGAAUUGGCAUCGCAGAGUUGGGACGGUCCGCACGGCUGCGUCGGCGCCUACUGCGUCUUUGCGAACCCGAAUUUCGGCAACGGCGGCAUCGUGCUGGUCACGACCAAGGGCAACGCCAAGCGGGUGAAAGCACUGCGCCCCGACACCACGACAAGCCAGGAGAAGAAUGCCGAGAGGCCGUUCAGGGCGCAGGCCAUCCCCGGAAAGGGCGUCGGUCUCGUCGCGAAGCGGCCCAUCGCCAAGGGCGAGCUCGUCAUGGCCGAGACGCCGGCGAUCCUGGUGCACAAAUUGGCCCUGGAGGAGGCGACCGAUGUUUACUUUCCCAGCCUGGAGCUCGCCGUGUCCAAGAUGACGGCUGCGACGCGCAAGUCGUUCAUGGCGCAGGGGACGCAGGGUGAUUUCCAGGGCGCCAUGGGUAUCAUGGAUAGGCUUUUUACCAAUUCGUUCCAGAUGGCCCUGUCCGGCGUCGGCGCCGAUGUGAAAGCUGGCUUUCAUUACGGGAACUUUCCGAACGUUUCCAAGCUGAACCACGAUUGCAGGCCCAACAUGGUUUUCCACAUCGACAACAACCUCGUCCACCGCACCCACGCCGUGCGCGACAUAAAACCGGGCGAGGAGCUGACCAUAUCCUACGUCGACCAGAUGGACCCCGCCCGGGACCGCCAGGCCCGCACGCGGUCAUCGCUUGGCUUCGUCUGCGGUUGUGCCCACUGCAGCUUGUCGGCGGCGGAGGCUGCCGCGUCCGAGAGGCGGAUCCGACGCAUCAAGAAGCUCGAGGUGGGCUUGGGACGGGCGGUCGAGGGUGGCUUCGAUGAGGCUGAGGCCAAGAAAAAGAUCGCGAUGGUCGAGGAGCUUUUGGGACUGUACGAGGUCGAGCGGCUGGAGAGCAAGAUUGCCGGGGCCUGGAUGCUCGCGGCGCGGGUUUAUGACGAGGCGGAGGAUGGUAAGCGGGCAAAGAAGUUUGCCGCUCUUGCUGCGAAGGGGUUGGAGAUGGAGCGUGGGAAGAGCUUCCCAGAGGUGGACUCAAUGAAGCGUCUCGCACAAAUGUCAUGAGGUAGAUUGAGAAAGAAGCCGAUUAAGGAUAGAAGUGUGCCACGUAACUUGACCAGGUGAUCAUGU